AUGUGGAGCCCUCAAAAUCUGCUGUUCAUCUUCUGCUUUGCUCUGAGUGGUGCAGCAGCAGUGAUCCAUGUGUCUGGAUAUGAAGGGAGAGAUGUUAAUGUUUCCUGCUCCUAUGGAGAAGGUUAUGAGUCCUAUGAGAAAUACCUGUGCAGGAAUGACUGUGGCAACAGUGAUGUUCUGAUUACGACUACAAAAGCAAAGAAGAACAAAUACUCCAUCUAUGAUGACAAAAAGAGAAGAGUCUUCACAACGACCCUCUCUGAUCUGAGCUCUGUGGAUGCUGGGAAAUACUGGUGUGGGGUGACCAGGACUGGAAAGGAUAUCUACACUGAAGUAAGAGUGGAAGUAGAGCCAGACAGCUGCUGUGAUCGUUCCACCAACAUUCAAAGUUAUGAGGGAGGUUCAGUGUCCAUCAGUUGUUCAUAUGAGUCUGAGGACCAGAACAACCUGAAGUACAUCUGCAGAGGAAAGCAGCCCUCCACAUGUCUGCAGCAGGCACUAAUCACCUCUGACAACAAACGAAAAGGACGGUUCAGACUUACUGAUGACAAGGAGUCAAGGAAAUUCACAGUGAAUAUUACCAGUUUGACCCAAGAGGAUUCUGGGUCGUACCUUUGUGGCGUCCAUAGAAACACUGGCCUGGAUGUUUUCUCUGCUGCUGAGCUGGAAGUCAAAGAGUGGUGCUGUGUGAAAUCAAACAUACUGACUGGCACUAUGGGACGUCCAUUAACUAUGCAGUGUCCCUAUCCACCACAACACGAGACAAACAGGAAGUUCCUCUGUAAGGGAGACCAGCGCAACAACUGUACAGACAUGGUGACGAGUCAAACCUCAGGCCAGACUGACCUCAGGUUCACACUGCAAGAUGAUGUUUCUUCCAGCUCUUUCUCAGUGACGAUCACAGAGCUGAAAGCAGAUGAUGCUGGGACAUACUGGUGUGGUUCAGACUCACAGUGGAGUCCUGGAAACUACACCAAGAUUCAGCUGUUAGUAGUGUUUCCGACCAGCACUGUAAUCUCUACCACCAUUGUGGAAACUGUCAGAUCACAACAACCCAUAUCAACCCAUAUCCCUAGCAAACCUCUCAAAGAUCCAUCUCUCUUUCACUCUGUGGUUUUCAUUGUGCCUGCUGUGCUGCUGCCCAUACUCAUAUUUGCCCUGGUUAUAGUUUGUAAAUACAAAUGUUACAAAGAGCAAGGAGGUGGAGUCAACAUGAACAGAAACAAGACCAAGGCAGCAGAUGCAGAGGAAGCGAUGGGUGGAGCAGAUAUUUAUGAAAAUCAAGAAGUUGUGGCAGGCUCAAUGAAGGGGAGCUCCAAAAAGCAGAGCACCUGCCACCAGUAUGUUGAUACAGGUGGAGACCAACAAGAUUCUAUUUAUCAAAACUUCAACAUAACAGACGACAUCUACUGUAACGAAUUUUACAGUAAAGGAGAAAAGAGAUAAGAGAGAAUCUUGUAUUUUUUACUCACAUUUAUAGCAAAGUUAUCCUGUUUGUAUUUCUUAAAAAUCUGUCCAACAGCCUGUCUCAUUUUAUAAUUACCAUCUGACUUAUUCAGUACUUGCAUUUUCAUUUAUUUAACUUUUAUUUUAUACGUUUGCUUUCACCUGUACACUUUUUAUGAUGCUUACUGUUAAUAUAACAAACAGUUUAACACACCUGCACUCCUUGUAAGAAACUGAGAAUGUUAGUUUUAGCUAAAUACCCCAAAUAUAAGAUACCUACAUGUGUAUAUGUACCUCUGGUAAGAGUGAAUAAAGGAAACCAAGAAAAUCCAGUCUUUACAAAGCAUAGUAAUCCAAGUAUAAUCCAGAUUUUUCAUGGAUUGAAAUAAAGUGGUGCAAAGCAACAAAAUAUA